UCUACAUCGCCAAACAACAUAGAAACAGCAACACAGACAGAGCCUGAUGGCAACCUUAAACUCUGUUUUUCUCUCACUGUUCAUUCUUGUGCUGUCAACUCCGGCGGCCUUCGCAGAUUCAUCGUCACUGUACGAUAAGUUCUACCAAUGCAUUUCCACCAAAUCCGGCUUCUCUGUCCCGUUCUCCGACGCUUUCUUCACCCCGCAGAAUAAUGCUUCGGCUUUCACGGCGGUUCUGAACUCCACAGCCCAGAAUCUCCGGUGCCUCGAGCCGUCGAUCAAGAAGCCGCAGAUUAUAUUCACCCCGCUUUCCGAGGCCCACGUGCAGGCGGCGGUGGUUUGCACUAAAAACCUCGGGCUUGAGCUCAGAGUGCGCAGCGGCGGCCAUGAUUACGAAGGGGUGUCGUAUAUUUCCGAGACGGAGUCGCCGUUCGUGAUCGUGGACCUCGGCCGGCUGCGCGAGGUGGAGGUGGAUAUAACGGCGAACACGGCGUGGGCGCAGGCCGGGGCGACGGUGGGAGAAGUGUAUUACAGGAUAUCGGAGAAGAGUAAGGUCCAUGGCUUCCCCGCCGGGCUGUGCUCCAGUUUGGGAAUUGGUGGACACAUUACCGGCGGCGCGUACGGUGCCAUGAUGAGGAAGUACGGCCUCGGAGCUGACAACGUUUUGGACGCCAGAAUCGUCGACGCGAACGGGGAGAUUCUUGAUAGGGAAGCCAUGGGGGAGGACCUGUUUUGGGCGAUCAGAGGCGGCGGCGGGGGCAAUUUCGGGAUUAUACUGUCGUGGAAGUUAAGGUUAGUCCCGGUCCCGGAGACCGUGACGGUUUUCACCGUUCCAAAAACUCUGGAACAGGGUGCCACCAAAAUCCUGUACAAGUGGCAAAACAUCGCCGAUAAAAUCGACGAGGAUCUCUUCAUCCGGGUGGAGAUAUCGGUGGUAAACGGAGGCGGCGGACCCGCCAACCGGACCGUCCAAACCGCCUACAACGCAUUGUUCCUCGGCGGAGCCGACAGACUCCUCCAGGUAAUGGAGCAGAGCUUUCCGGAACUGGGAUUAACCAAACAUGACUGCAUAGAAAUGAGCUGGAUAGAGUCCAUCCUCUACAUCGCCGGAUUCCCAACAAACACGCCGCCGGAAGUUCUCCUGGACGGAAAACCACUCUUCAAAAACUACUUCAAAGCCAAAUCCGACUUCGUCACAAAACCCAUCCCACAAACCGGGCUGGAAGGCCUGUGGAAGCGCCUCCUCGCCGAGGACUCGCCGCUGACGAUCUGGAACCCCUACGGCGGCAUGAUGGCCAACAUCUCCGAAUCCGCCACCCCAUUCCCCCACCGGAAAGGCGUCAUCUACAAGAUCCAGUACUUAACGCUCUGGGAAGAAAUGGACGACGAGGCGGCGGCGCGUCACAUCGACUGGAUCAGAAAGCUCCACGCGUACAUGACACGCUACGUUUCCAGUUCCCCCCGACAAGCGUACGUGAACUACAGAGACCUCGAUCUGGGCAGCAAUAAGAGCGGCGACGACGCUACACUCAUGCAGGCCAGCGCGUGGGGGAACAUGUAUUACAAAGACAACUUUAACAGGUUGGUCCAGGUGAAGACGAAGGUCGAUCCCGACAACUUUUUCCGGCAUGAACAGAGCAUCCCGACGCUCACGGCCGCCGUGAUGGGCGAAAGAAAAAGAGGCAAGAGAAUGAUGAAUUAAAUUGUUACGAAUUUACGGCGAUUAGUUUCUUCACUUGUAGAAUAUAUACAAACCUCCGGCGGCCGGCCGGCAUGGGGUAUCCUGACCGGAAUCUUGUAGCCAAAUAACCUUGUUUUCCGAGGUUGCUUGUCAUGUUCAAGCUGUAUUCAAUUCCCUCCCUUCCAUACUCAUGAAUAAACUGUGACAAAUAUUAUUCACUUUAAUUUCUUGUUUUUUU